CUCUAAUCCCGCAACGCGCACAACGUCGCUAACCACCAUGACGAGGAAUGACGAGGCUGACUGAUGUCCGUGGUAAGCACGCAGGACAGAGUACAACAGCGGCCUCGUCGUGCAAGAUGGCAUGCAAGGCUAGCUGGUCACAUGUCGUUCUGAGCGGUAUAAAUAACAGGAGCACGAUGUUCUCAACCCAUCAACAGACAAGCUCUCCUCGACAGUCCUCCUCCAGCAGGCCACCAACCUUGUUAACGAUCAACAAUCAAAGAUCAACAACCAGCGCAACAUGACGAACGCUAGCACCACCGUCGGCCUCAUCGGCGCCUCUGGCCUUCUCGGCUCGGCCCUCUUCUCGGCCCUCUCCUCCCAGGACAACAUCAAGCUCGUGGUCCUCCACCGCCCGACCUCCAAGCUCGACGUCGGCAAGACCGAGACCCGCGUGCUGGACCUCGCCGGCUCCGAGUCGGACAUCCACAAGGCUCUCAAGGGCAUUGACGUCCUCGUCAACGCGACCGGCAAGACUGAUGUCGCUACUGAACUCGCCUUCGUCGGCCACCUCGCCACUCUUCCCACCCCGCUUCGCGCGUACCUCCCCUCGGACUUCUCGCUCAACUACACGCCCGAGGAGAGCGAGGGUGUGCCCCUCAUCGAGGCCAAGGAAGCGAUCAAUGCUCGCGCGAUCGAGCUUGGCCUCCCCCUCACCACCGUGCACAAUGGUAUCUUCGAGCCCUUCCUCCUCACUCCCUUCUCCGGCAUCGACCUCAAGACCGGCACGCUUUCGCUGUACCCCGGUGCCGAGAACAAGCCUAUCUCCAUCACCUCGCCCGGGUACAUCGGCGCUGCUGUCGCCGAGAUCGUCCAGCUCCCCAAGUUGGACAAGACGUACACGGUCGUCGAGUACGCCGCGACUGGCAAGGAGAUCGCCGCCGCCCUUGAGGAGGCGGGCAAGAAGGUCACCAUCGAGAAGUGGGGCGACGAGGGUGCUGCCGCGGCAAAGGCCUCAGGACCGUUUGGAGCGCUCUCGGCCGCCGUCCGGGUCAAGUGGGGCAAGGGCGAGUGGCCCGAGGACGACGCCUACGUCCCCAAGGCGAAGAAGCGCGACAUCAAGCUCGCUGUCCAGGACGCGCUCAAGGCCUAACAGUAAUCCUAGUAACUGUAGCAAUUUAAGUGUUCUUAAGUAGGCAGGAAUGCCAUGUUACUUUGAAUUUAGUA